CUAGCUUUAAACACAGAAUUAUAAGCCCAUAUCAUGUUGCAAAAGUCAUGCAUUUAGUCAUAUGUAUUUGAUGGCAUAAGAUCUCUGAGCAUCAAGAAACUCAAGAUCUUAUUAGAUAUGAGAAACCUAUACCCUUCUACUGAUGAAGACCAUGAUGAGUCCAAAAACGCAGUCUUUCAGCACUGGUGGAGAACAAGCAGUGAUGAUGCUGAUGAAAACAGUCAUUUGAAAUUAGAUCUUUCUGAUAUUUCAAAGCUCACCCCAAGGCUCAAACUUUGCAGAGAGUUGGAGAGGCUGGCACUAAUCUCUCAAGAAGGUCUUGAUGAUCUUCGUCACAAGCUAAUUACGUACAGGUCAGGUGAUUUCUGGCUGCCCGUGGGAGGAAUUAAGAAAGAAGACAUGGAUAUACCUCCAGUCAUAAGCAUUCUCUUGGUUGGCUUACCUGGUUCCGGAAAAAGUUCUCUAGUAAACUUGAUGUAUAGUGUUCUAGGCCGAUCUGGCCUCGUCCCCUUUGCUCAAACAUCAAGUGACUCUUCAAGUUAUACUACAAUGUUUAUGGAAGAACAUAAUGUUCUGAGAUCAAUGAGAAGUGGAUUCUGUGUAUACGACACGAGAGGCUUGGAUGAAGAUUACUUGAGCAAUGGACUUGAAGAGGUUUCGAGAUGGAUGACUGAGGGGGUUCAGCAUAACCAGCUCUGCUAUAGACCAGGAGACGGAACACAUGGCUCUACAAUAAAUCUUCCGAUAGGAUCUUUAGUAUCCUCUGCAAGAUUUGCCAGAAGAAGAGUCAAUUGUGUUCUGGUGGUGGCCAACUUAGCUGAGACUUACAAGGCCUUCAAGUGUGGUGACUUGGCUCCUGUUCAAGCCAUUAGAGAAAUCUUUCACUUUCCUUCAAUAAGAAAAUCAAAUGAGAAUCCGAUCUUAAUACUGACUCACGGGGACAUGCUAAGCACGGAGGACAGGAUAAACGGAAGGCUAAAAGUAUGUGAAUAUCUGGGAGUGUCUGAAACAAUGGGUGCCUAUGACAUUGCAUGUCUCACAGAGCAUGGCAUACUCCCUGAGGAUUCUGAUCCAGUGACCUCAUAUGCAUUAACAGAAGCCGUUUAUCGCGCACUCUUACAGUCAGACCGGAGCCAUCUCCCUAAGAAGAAGAUCAAGGACUGGAUGCUGCUGUUUUUGUCAUGGAUCAUGGGCUGCAUUGCUGCAUUCUUUGGCAUGCUUGCUUAUGUGUUCUCAAAAUGGAGUCACAAGAACAAAAUGCUGUAGUAUCUUAUCUAUUUGUUGAUUUGAAUUAAAGAACCUACAAUAAUUGGUGGAGGUUAUUUAUGACAUAAUAUGAUAUUUGUGCAA